UCGUCCUUGAAAACCUUGAAUGUUCUUGAAUGUUCUUGAAUUUUAUUUGGUCUUGAAUUGUUCUUGAAAUAGUAUGUUUUCCACCCUUGGUUCUUGAAUGUUCUUGAGUUUUUACAAUUCUAUGAAAAAUCUUUUUAGAAUAGUAAAAAAAUGUCUAGUAAAAAAAGUACCAGAAUGCAUGGAAAAAGUAUUUUUAAUGAAAGUUGGUUGAGCGAUGAACAGUUUAAAAUAUGGUUGAAAAGGGGACCAGAUAAACACAAAGCAUUGUGUAGACUUUGUAACACAGUGAUAGACAUAACUAUAAUGGGAAAAAGUGCUUUAGCAUCGCAUUCUAAGGGCAACAAGCAUCAAGUGAAUGUGAAAAACUAUAGUCCAGUUUCUGGUCUGUUCUUCAAAAGUAACCCUCCAAAGCCAUCAUCAAGCAAAGACGCCUCCCCCGCCACUAACAAGAUUGAUUUAAUGAUGAGUACAUUAGCAGUUUCCCAUGCUGAAAUUCGUUGGGCUCUGAAAGUACUAACAUCACAUCAUUCAUUUCGUUCUUGCUUGAAUUUGAACCAGCUAUUUUGUGUGAUGUUCCCUGACAGUGACAUAGCAAAGUCAUUCCAGUUAUCAAAAACGAAAUGUGCGUACUACAUCGUACAUGGAUUAGCCCCAUAUUUCAUGGAAAUCUUGCUCCAAGAAAUUAAAAAUUCGCCAACCUAUUCCACACUUUUUGACGAAAGUUUGAAUCAUUAUAAACAGGAAGAACAAAUGGACGUUCAGAUUCGUUUCUGGAAUGAAAAUCUCUAUGAAGUCCAGACACGUUACCUAACCUCAAGGUUUUUCAGGCGCCCAAAUGCAGAUAACAUCUUGCACGAGAUUCUUCAAGCAACUGAUGCGUUACCCCAGAAAUCAAUGGUCAUGCUUUCCAUGGACGGACCAAACACUAAUUGGAAAGUUUAUGAAAAUUUAAAAUCGCAUCGUACUGAGAAAGAAUAUCCCCAAAUUAUUGAUGUUGGUUCGUGUGGAUUACACGUGGUGCACGGAGCCUUUCAGACUGGCGUAAAAGCAACUGGCUGGAAAUUGGAAAAGGUUUUAAAGGCCAUGUGGAAGCUGUUCAAUGAUUCCCCAGCUCGAAGAGAUCUAUAUAUUCAGUUAAGCAAAUCAGAUGUUUUUCCAAUAAUGUUUUGCCAGACACGCUGGGUUGAGGAUGAACCUGUUGCCAUCCGAGCAAAGGAAGUUUGGGAAAAUGUUGUGAAUGUCAUAAAGCAUUAUCAAACCUUAUGCAAAUCAAAACAACCAAGCAAAAACAGUUCGUAUGACACCUUGGUCACCCACCACACUGACAUGUUUAUGCAAGUAAAGUUACAAUUCUUUGUUGAUGUAGCCAGCAUGAUGUCUUCGUAUCUGAAGCAAUUCCAGACGGAUAAUCCAAUGAUGCCAUUUGUUUCGGAAAUAUUAGAAAAUAUUAUCCGUCGGUUAAUGAAGAUUUUCAUUCGGAAAACCGUUAUUGAUGAAGCUGAUUCAGCUUAUUCUUUAAUUAAAAUUGAUUUGCAGAAACGAGAGAAUCACUUACCACCGGAAUUAGUCAAGUUACCAACUGCCACCAAAACCUUGCUUUCGUCCCUUCAAGCCAGUUUGACAAAGAAGUUGAAGUUUAAAGGAGAAUGUGCUGCACUUAUUAAAGGUAUUAUUGAAAAGCUACAAGAACGAUCGCCAUUGAAACACCUUUUUGUUCGAUCUUUGUCUAGUCUUGUUCCAAAGAAUAUGAUUGAAAGUAAAAACUGUCUACUUAAGUUUGAAAAGGUCGUGGACAAGUUUUACACAACAAAUCACAUCAAUUCAAAAGAAGCAGAUAAUGCCAAGUUGCAGUUGGAGGAGUUCAUCUCACGCACAGCUAAGACUCAUAAAGAUAAGUUUCUUGGCUUUAGCCUUUCUGAUAAUCGUUUGGAUCAUUUUUACCGCGAGUAUUUAAACGGUUCUGAUAAAUACAAAGAUUUAUGGAAAGUCAUGGUGAUGGUCUUCACUAUUUCACAUGGACAAAGCCAGAUCGAGAGAGGAUUCAGCAUCAACAAAGAAGUCACUAUCGAAAAUCUUAAAAACAAGUCACUAUGUGCUCAGCGGUUGGUAUAUGAUGCCUUAAAGUGUUGCAAGAAAGAUGUGCAUGAUAUUGAAAUCACUGCCAAAAUGGUUACAUCAUGUAAAACAGCCCGUUCUAGGUAUGUAUUUGCCCUUGAAAAAGUAAAAAAAUCAAAAGAAAAUGAAGCAGCGAAUAACAAGAGAAAGAUAAUAGCAUAUGAGAUUGAUAGUGUGAAACGCAAACGAAUGGAGGUAGAUACAUGUAUUCGAUCAUUGAACAAAGAUAUGAACAACUACCUUGAUGAGGGCGAGGUUAGCCAUGACAUUGCUAUGUUUCUGAAAGCAAAUGCAUUCAGAAAAGCCAUUACAGAGAAAAAAGUGACAAUGGUGGAUUUAGAUGAGGCUAUUAAAAAACUGGAGGAAGAUCUCAAAAACUAAUAACCUCUAUAAUACUCGUAGUUUGUUGACAUUAGUUUAUUUCAAGAUAUAUGGAUUAUUUAUUAGCUUCAUAUUAGCGUCAUUUUGUCUGGUUCAUUUUCUAAUUUGAAGAUCUUCUUAUACAAUACAAUAUAUGUUCUAUUUUUAAUUGAGAAUUAAAGUUUUAUAAAACACAAGAAAUAGAAUCCUUUGGACCGUUUCCAUAAUACUGGAUAAAUAGAUUUUAGAAACAAGAAGAGAAGAACACUAUUUAUUGAACUUUGUUAUUUUUGUGACUUUUAUAUUCUGUUAUUUUUAGUUUUACACUUUUGUUACUAUAUAAUUCUAGCUUUCUGAUAAGUAUUUAUAAACUUGUACACAAAGUAGCUAUGUACUCCUAAAAGAAUGAUUUCUGGAACGAUAUCAACUUUAUUAUCAAGGUUUCUACAUGUCUACACUCUUUUAUUUUGUUCAAAUUAUCACAGAUUAUGCUAUAUUGAUGUAUAAAGUCAGUGAAUUGAUCAAGAUAUUAGCUUUUGUUGAAGUUGUUAAAAAUUAUUUUUGUCCUUGAAAACCAAUAUUUUGUUCUUGAAUUGUUCUUGAUUAGUUCUUGGAUUUUUUUUUAAUUUUGAGUGGCCACCCUGGAAAAGGUUUCGCUGUCUCGCAAAAGUUUGCUACGGUAGUGUAUGAUAAUUAUGAUUAAGCCGAAUUUUGAUAGUUAAAAUAUUGUUGUUGUUUUUUUUGUCAAUUUCAAGUAUCUGUAAAUUUAGCAUUUUAUAGAAAUUUCUUCAGUAA